AUGGCGAACCAGGUUCCAUCUCCGCCAGCCAAAUCCGGGCCCAAGCCGACCCUGACAGACGUCGGCUAUCUGCCCCCAACGCGAGGCCUCUUGUCAACGCUGCCAGCCUCGUGGGCCCCGUACGCCGAGCUGAUUCGGCUGCACCAACCCCACGGCAUCUUUAUCGUCGGGUUCCCGCAUGUCGUCGGGCUCAUGUACGCCGCCUCGGUGCUGGAGACGCCGAUGCCCCCGGCGGCACUGUGGGAGCGUGCCACCGUCUUGUCGAGCUGGGUCUUCUUCUCUCGCAGUGCCGGGUGCGCGUGGAACGACAUCAUCGACCAGGAUCUCGACCGUCAGACGGCCCGGUGUCGCAACCGGCCCGUCGCACGUGGCGCCAUCUCUACUCCCCACGCCCUCAUCUACACCUUCUUCCUGUACGCAGCCGCACUGGCGCCACUGUGGUGGUUCUUGCCAUCCGAGUGCACCUGGUCUGCAUUUGUGUCCAUAGCGCUGUCUCUCAUCUACCCCUUCGGCAAGCGUUUCACCCACUUCGCGCAGGUGAUGCUAGGCACGGCGCUGGGGUCGACCAUUUUCCUAACGGCCUACAGCGUGGGCCUGCCCGCCCUGACAUCCUCGGCGUGGCUGCUGCCGACCGGCUGCCUCACCGCGACGAUCGUGCUGCUGGUCGUCUUCUACGACACGGUGUACGCGCGCGCCGACACGGCCGACGACCUCCGCUCGGGCGUCAAGGGCAUGGCCGUGCGCUACCGCCACAACAUCGAGGGCCUCUUCCUCGUCCUCACGGCCGGCAUCGUCGGGCUCCUGACCGUGCUCGGCCGCGUCGUCGGAAUGCAUCGGCCAUACUACGUCUUUGCCGUCGCAGGGCUCGCCGCCUCCCUCCUCGCCCUCGUAGCCCUCACCCGCUGGAACCUGCUACCCAGCUGGGCUGGGUCGUCGGCGUGGUUGUAUGCUUUUGGUAUUGCGAACUUGGUUGCUGGUUUUGGUAAGGUUUCGUCCGGUUCCUCGACCCGGUCCUCUCGCCACAGUGUCCCGCCCGGUGAGCAGAGCGAGGCUGUUGUCCGAAUCCAGGUCACUGUUGCGAUCCCUUUUGUCCUCGGGGAAAACGGCUUCACGCAAAAGCUUGAAGAGACAGUGAACUGUGUGGACCGCGAGCGACGUUUCGAGCAAGGUCAACAAGAAUUUGGUAUCGCGUCCGGUCUUGACGUCUUCACCACUGCAAUCCCCGUUCUGGGCCCGGAGUCUCUCAAGCACGAGCUCGAAAACGCUCAGAAACCCUGCGUAACAGGCCAAGAACAGCAGGACGAGGGUCGAGUCGAGUGCUACCCCCGUCAUGUGCCGUUUGCAGUGGCUGCUGCUGGCGUGUUGGCACACGGUGACACUGGAUGCGGAAGAAGCAAGUGGGCUUCCGCCGCCGACCUCUCUGGUUGA